AAGGUGUAGUGGUGGUGGUGGGAGGUUGUUAUUGAAAAGGAGGCCGCUUACGUUAUCGUCAAAGCGAAGCAGUACACGAUCGUCUGACUGCCAAGAAAUGGCUGAAGAUGAGGAUAAAACACCAUUAUUGAAGGGUGCAGGGACAUAUGCUAUCGAUGAUCCUCGUGAUAAGAUUAGAUAUUUGUAUGAAAGUGGUAAUUUAGGCUAUGUCAAUGGCAACGACAAUAGAAUCAGCGCCAAUAGGAGUCCACUGCCAUCGUCAUUGGCAGCUGACAAGAUUGUUACCAUCUUUGUGGUUACUUUUGAUACGCGAUCAGGUAACAUGAUUGAAUGGUGUCUUCCUGAAGAAAGCGAUUUAGAUGGAGUUGAAUUUAAGGCUAUGGCCAGUGGAUCUCAUACUUUAAUGAGAGAUUUUGUGUACUUUAGGAAAGAUUCCCUUUAUGGCCUGGCAUGUUUUGAGAACAUGCCAGUAGAAAGUGAGAUUGAACGUGGUGCCAGAAUGAAAUCAGUAGGAAUUCUAUCUCCCACCUAUACUUCCCUCUACAGACACAUGCAGUUCCUUGAAUCCCAAGUGCGGCACCAGCUUCAAACGCCAGGAAAAUAUGAUCAACUGCAAGCUUUUUACAACGAUAAGAAAGGUGUACUUCCUUCUCGAAAUGAAAAUUCCAGUGCCGCUAUUGUUUCUGAUAUAGAUGUGUGUUCAAUGUCACCAGUUCCUCAGCAAUCCUGGUCAACAACCCCAUCUACUCCCAGUCGAGAAUUCUUGCCUGAAAUGAAGAUUACCCAUCCUGCUGGUUGUUUCUCUCAGUUUAUUAAAUUCUUUGGAGAAAAUAUAUUUAUUCUCUGGAAAUACACUCUCCUACAGAAGAGGAUACUAUUUUUUUCUCCCCCUCCAAUUGGUGUUGUUUGCUAUAGAGUGUAUUGUGCUUGUUGCCUUGGUAACCAUGAUAUGAGGGGACUUGUGAAUCGAGAGCUGAUUCCUCGUUUCUAUGUAAAUAUUGCUGAUAUUGAAACUUUAGAAACUGAAGUGGCAUAUAUUGCAUGUACAACAGAGAAGAUAUUUGAAAGUAAAACCCACCUGUAUGAUGUUUAUGUAAAUAAUCAAAACGUAACAACCAACUCUCCAGUCUUGAAGGAACUGCUCAAAGUUAGUGAUGGGGAUCGUGAUAAAUUUACCAAAUUGAACAAUCAAAGAUCUGCACAUUUAUUUUCUGUAGAAGAACUUGGGGAGCAGUCAAUGGAUGAAGAAGAAUUGUUUACAACGUUUUUUUGUGAACAAAACAAUCGUUUGUUCCAAACCUUGUUAGAUGUUUCAUCGUCGCAGGAUCGACAGUUGACAUCUGACCACAUGAAAUUAAUGGGACUUGACCCUAUUGGUGAUCGUAUCUUCCUCAUGGAACUUGUUGAACAUUAUGGUAUUGAUGUUGUUCUUAUGGUUGAUAAUCCUUGCUGCCCGAAAUAAAGCAGCAUUCUUCUUUUA